AUGGAAAUCCUGGAAAAAAUAGCAGUUGAAGAUUGUGACCAAAAGCUUGAUGUGAAGGACGAAUUUUUUUCUGCUGAUGUUGACAAACAUGAUGAAGGUUCAAGUCAUUCAGGAUCUACAAAUGUGGAUCAUUUAUCUGUUAAGAAUACUGUGGAUGGAAUACGAAAGCGACUAGAAGAAACUCUCUCAAAAGGAAAACAUGAGGAAUAUUUUAAACCAGAUUCUGACGACGCUCUUAUAAUAGAUUUAUGUGAUGAUAGUCCUACAAAUGGGUCUGAAAAUAGUCUGGUGGAUUUAAAUUGUGCUAAAAUAGAGAACAAAAGCAGUGAUCCUUAUCAUGAUGCUUCAAAAUCUGAAAAAUCUUUUCCCAGUAUGAUUCCUCUGUUUCACCCAAGGGUUUGUGAACAGGCUAUCGCUAAACGCUUAUUAAAGUCUCAGUCUUCUUCAGCAUCCAGUGUUUCAUUUGACUCUAGUAGUAGAGAAACAGACCUUUAUGCACUUAAUAAGAUCAAAAAUAAUUUGCUUUUGUGUAGUGAUGACGAUAAAUUAGCUACUUCCACCCUAGGAGCUGUUUCAGCAUUUACACAUAAAGAUAAUAGUCCAUCCCUAAAAGCAAAUUUUGAAGGAUGUCAUUCAGAAACAUUUGAUGUACAGAAUACACAAAAGCCUACAGAUGUAACCCAUGCUGCGGUUACUCAAUUUGGACCAUGUAAAGUGCAAGAAGUUCAGCUAAGCAGUGGAAAAACUGUUUUUGCUUAUGAAAGGCAUGAUCUAUUUGCUGAGAAUUCUUCCACAAAUAUUAAUUACCGAAACUCACCUCAUCACAACAUGCCUGUAACUUCAUCUAGCAGCAGCGGUGGUGUUAGAAAUUUAAAAGAAGCAUUUAAUGCUGUUAGCAGUCAAUCAAAACCUGCACCCCGUACAAAAGUUCCUGAAGAAAUAACAAUUGAUGACAGUGAUGAGGAGGUGCAUGAAAUUGAUUCUGCAGUACCUGCAAGGACAUCGAAUACGCCAGCAGGUCAGAGCAGUGUUUUAAGUGGGAAAUCAAUGAAUAGAAUUGUAAAAGAACAUAACACUUGUUCCGCCACAAAUAACUUAAAUUUAUGA